AUGUCGGCCUGGCAUCACACCUUCUGGGGAGAGCUCGAAUGGAAGAAUCUGAUGCAUGGAAGAAACGCGGAACACACAAUCUUCUGGAUCAGAGGGACCUUCGUAGCUCUCGAGGUCUCCUUCUCGAAGAGCCUCAUGAACGGUCCGGCCCUUUCGAGUGCCCCUGCCUGCUCGUGAUCGUUAUCUUGCCGAUACCCCGCCGUUCCUGUGUACACUCUGCAGAAUCAAUUGCGGCACCCUUUCUUUCGCAUAGCAGCAGGGUGCUCGCUGCUGGGUUUCAGCAACGUAACGAACUACAGUAG